AUGAAGUUGCAAAGGCAGCAAUUGAAAGGUCUUUUUAUGAUUCUAUUUAAACAUUUUCUCUUAAUCUUGGAUGAAGUAUCACAUAAUCAAGUACCACCUACCUCUUCAUCAAAUGCCUCAACUCAAACAG